CUUGCUUGGAUCAUGUUACUGUGAUUUCCAGCAGGAAGCUUUUGGGUGCCCAGCCAGUGCCCUCCCCUUUGCAGAUUACAGAGAAGCAGCAAGAUGUGAUGUGUUCAAACCCAAACCAGCAGCGUGGGUCUCACGUCGGGUUAGUGUGGGGCUUGCCAAGCCGUGUCGUGCAGGGGCAUGUCUGCUGGCUCCUCGCCGUGGUGCCUGGUCCUGUGCCCUGCCCCGUGCCCUGUAGCACAAGCACUCGUGUGUUGCUCUCUGAGGGCUGGCACUAAACUGCUGUCGGGUCAAGGGCUCGCUCCCCUCUGGUGACUGACAUGUGGCACCAGGCUGGGAGGUAACGGGCAGCCUCCCGUGACUACCCCGAGGAGAGCCAGGAGUUUGCCAUGGGGUGCGGAAUAGAGCAGCCCCUUUGCUUCCCAGCCCGGACACCUCUGCUCCCUGCCACUCCCUGCCCUACCCUUCACACACCUCUUGUAGCAAUCCUUUUUCUUUUCCUGGUCACAGCCUGUCUGUCCUCUAACCAGAGCCUGCUAUCCCUGGCACAGGAGAGAUGGUGUAGCUCCUCUCCCACUCCCAUUUGAACCCCUACAACUGACAGAGCCCCUGCAGCUCCUCCUCCCCUCGGUGUCUCCGUCACUCGCAUGCAGUUUGCUUCAAUAAAUUAUUGUAGUAGUUUGCAAUAAACUUUUUUGUAUUCCCCCCGUAUUUAUUUUUUCUCUCCUCCCGGGGAGGGAGCGGAGGGAGCCCAGGGCCCUGCACUCGGCUGCGGGCAGGGGUGCUCCGCGGGGGCCCUGGGCUGCGGGGUUUAGACGGGAGUUCCUCAGCGCUCUCUGCGGUAGCCACCAGGUGGCAACGAACGGUGCUGGGUUUGGCCACCGGGCUCGGCAGGGGGCUCGCUGUGCUCAGGUGCCGCAGGGACAUCGCUCUGCAGCUCCUCUUGUUUCUCUUAAUCUGGGUAAUGCAUAACCAAAAUAAAUGUACUGAGGAAAAACCAAAUCAACCAGCAGGGCUGUUUUUGUCUUGGUCAAUGCAGCUCACCUGCGGAGGGUGGCUGGGACCUUCUCCUCUGGCUGCAAGACCCCUCUGGGAAAGGGGGUUUAGACCUGGGUGACCCAGUUGCACACGGCCAUGGGGUAAACCGGAGGGCUGGAUGUGGCCGGGACAGGCCUCUGCAGCCUUCUGCUGGGGUCUCGGUUGUAGCCCAGACUGCAGCUGGUGCUGGAGCUCUGGCCUGGGGGUUCCCCUCUCCCCCUCACGGGUGAGCCCACAGUGCUCUACCCUGCUCAGGCCCCAGCCCUGCUGCCCAGGCUGAGCAAUGUCCACGCUCUGCUCCCCUCUUCCCAGCAGUGGUUUCCCACGCUCUGGCUCUGCCAUGAGCUGGGGGGAUUAGUGUGCUGCUAGUGGCACUGUGUGGCUGGUAGGGAGGAAUGGGUUGGAGCUCAGGUAGGGAGCCUGCUGCUGCCAGGCCGGCCUCUUAUGGGCACGGUGCUUGGAGUGGCGAUGCAUGGGGGAAUUAGGGAAAUAAUCUGUUGCUGUUGAUCCCAGAGGCGGGAAUUUGCAGUGUUGUGCCAGGCCCCAGGCACGGAAGAGUGGGAGAGCCAGGCCAGCGGACAUGUGAGUGGAGCUCCCGGCUGGAAUGCACCAGCUCAGCAGGGGAUUGUCCUCCCAGGGCCGGGCAGGCGCCGUGCCCUGAGCCGGGUGCCCCGGCUGCCUCCGCCAUGGCUGCAGCAGACAGCACCUCAACCACGCUCCAGCGCCGUGACCUGUGCAGCCGAGGCAUCCGCCUGGCCGGGAAGAUGCGCUCAGACGUCGUUGACCUCCUGGACACCUACGUGGAGCAACAGGGCCUGGAUGCAUCAGCCAGCGUGGCAGCAGUGGAGGGGGUGCCGGUGGCAGCGGUGGAGCGCUGGGAUGAGCAGACGGGGACCCAGCGGCUGCUGGAGAACCUGGCGGCGUACCGGGCAUUCCGGGCCCUGCUGGCGCAGAUGCUGGAGGAGCAGCAGGAGCAGCUGGGGGAGGCUGACGCCACACUGGGCCAGGCGCUGGCGGCCGUCCUGCUCCAGGUCUCAGCCUUCACUUACCACCUCGAGGAGCUGCUGCGGCUGGAGAACCGCGGCCCCCCCAGUGAGGAGGCGGCUGUGCUGCCCGUGCUCCCCCCGCUCAGCCUCUUCGAGAGGAAGCUGCGGGGCCUGGGCGUGCUGCGGGAGCUGGCCCAGUGGGCAGUGAGGUCCGUGCGGGACCUGCGGCAGCUCGCCAAGCCCGGCCCCGGCAGCAGCGCGGCCCCCAGCCCUGCUGAGAGCCCUUGAGGGCAGGCAUGGGGCAGGGGUUGGAUCCUGCAGAGUGGGGGGCUCCCUGCCCACCUCUGCAGAGAGCUGCUGAC